UCUCUGCGUCACAUGCACUAGCUGGAUCAGUGAAAACCAAUGCCCAACCUGGAGUAAUCUGGGACAUUAUGCGAGGAUGGGUCAAGCGCGAACCUGUUGUUCAAAAGAAUAUUGCUGAAAACUCGCCCUCAAAAAAAAUCUUAUCAGUGGAACCGACUCUUGAAGUAGAUUUUACUCAUAAUAAAGAGGCCGAGCCACCAUCAAGAAAGAUAAAACUCGUGAGAUAUCAAAUGAACCCUGAAAAAAAUUGGGGACCAAAACCACGCGCUGGUCAAAGGAAACGCAAAGUCAAAGAUAAGGACAACGAACAGGUAGUGAAAAAAGUAGCGUUGGACAGGAAUGAAGAUGACGUGUCAGUAGCUACAGCGACAGCGUCUGAGCAACAGCUGCUGCCAUUAUUUACGUCAACGUAUACAUAA